CACAAAGAACAGUGACACGAGCUGCUCUGCACAGGCAGCGAUGCUUGUUACUAUAGCAACAACCUCUCGCGAACAUCCGCCGCCUCCACCAACGUCCCCCUCCUCACCGCAUAACAGCAUCCCUCUGUCAACAGGAUAUUUCCUGAGACGGAAAUACGACGGGGGAAGGAAAAUGGCGCUCAUCCCAUCACAGAUCCUCAGAGUAGCGAUACUCCUCUCUUAUUUUUCCAUCCUCUGCAAUUACAAAGCCAUAGACAUGCCCGCGCAUCAAACAUACGGCGGUAGCUGGAAGUUUCUUACAUUCAUAGAUUUGGUCAUUCAGGCGGUGUUCUUUGGAGUGUGUGUCCUGACUGACCUCUCAAGCCUUCUGACAAAAGGCAGUGCCAGUAUGGAACAAGAGAGACAGUUGAGGAAGCUCAUUGGCUUACGAGACUGGAUGAUGGCUGUUCUGGCCUUUCCCGUUGGUGCGUUUGUGGUGACUAUGUUCUGGACCCUUUACGUGUAUGACAGAGAUUUGGUAUAUCCAAGACUCCUGGACAACUUCAUACCUCAGUGGCUAAACCAUGGCAUGCACACAACAGUUCUUCCUUUCCUCAUAAUUGAGAUGAGAACAACAUACCAUCGAUAUCCCAGCAGGACCUGUGGACUCUUCGCGGUGUGCAUGUUUGCUGUGGGAUAUGUUGUAUGGAUGUGCUGGGUGCACAGCAUGACGGGGGUGUGGGUUUAUCCGUUGCUGGAGCACAUCGGGCCCAUGGCCAGAAUUCUCUUCUUCAUCUGUCUCACGGCUCUGAUCAGUGUCUACUACGUCUUGGGAGAAAUCCUGAACAACUACAUCUGGGAUUCCUCGAAGAGCACUCUGGAAUCAGAAAAGACCAAAACUGACUGAAGACCACCACAGAUGUUAUCCUGCAUCUUUUCUCUUCUUCUGAAUUCAAAUCAGUUGGACUUUGGAGUUCAAACCAACAUUAUAUAUUUAUCUUGGUCUCCUGAGACAUUCAUCUCAUCCUCAUUACUGCCCCUUAAUUAAAUAAAGCACAGACCUGUAUUGAGUUGAACAUUAAAUUGAAUAAUUCAUGUAUUUAAUUUAUGGUAUGACUGUUACAGUAUUUCAGAGUACCUCAAGCAUUGUGUGCGCACUGAAUGAUGUGUACUGCACACAUGCUGCAUUCGUGUGUCUAAAGCCAGUUUAACAAACCACAUUAUAUAUAUGACUCACGUCAGGUAUUAUUUAUUUACAGAGGGAUGAUUUAUGAGGGAAUUUGUCAUUCGUUGCUCCUGUAAAACAAAUAAGCAACACCUUUAUAUACACAGUAGCAUAUGGCAAACGAUAAUGAGCACAAGAUCAUUCGCUUCGAUGAGCUGUUUGUGGUGUUUCUGAAGCCAUAAAAGUUUUUGCUUAAGAUGAGCAGAUAUUGCCGCAAGAAAUCCAAACAUUGUCAGAAGAGAUACUGACCUUGCCCUAUUUUGUAACACUUUAUAAUAUAACGUUCUCAUACGUUAA